UAAAAUAAUGCAGCAUAGGGUUGUGAAGCAGAAACCAUGUUUAUGAUGGCUUGUAGCUUACCAACGGCCAAAACGAGUGGUCUGGUGACUGGGAAGGAGCUUCUUGAAUGCGUCAUCAUAUGAAAAACUAUGGACUCACACAUACUGGAACCCACGUUGUACACAGUAAAAGCGGUUCUUAUCCUGGACAGCGAUGGAGAAAGACUUUAUGCUAAGUACUAUGAUGAAACCUAUCCAAGUGUGAAGGAGCAAAAAGCAUUUGAAAAGAACAUAUUCAAUAAGACACACCGCACAGACAGUGAAAUAGCAUUUAUAGAGGGCCUCACUGUUGUGUACAAGAGCAAUAUUGACCUGUACUUCUAUGUUAUUGGAAGUUCUCAUGAAAAUGAGCUGAUGCUGAUGUCAGUGCUAAAUUGUCUGUUUGACUCACUUAGCCAGAUGUUAAGGAAGAAUGUGGAGCGGCGAGCUUUGCUUGAGAAUAUGGAGGGUUUGUUCUUGGCUGUUGAUGAGAUAGUUGAUGAAGGAGUCAUCCUGGAGAGUGACCCUCAGCAGGUGGUCUACCGUGUGGCCCUGAGGGGGGAUGAUGUCCCGCUAACAGAACAGACUAUGUCUCAGGUGCUUCAGUCUGCUAAAGAACAAAUAAAGUGGUCUUUGCUGCGAUAGUUCAGAGACUGGUCACUCACAUGCACACGCUCACCCAACAACAUCAUUCCUUUCCUACUUUUUUCCUUGGUAAACCAGUAAUUGUUAACUUUUGAUUGAGCCGUGAUCUUUACUGUCUCAUGUCUUUUUAUGUUUUCUGUUGAUAAUCAGUGAACUUGGUUUAAACUUGUUUGUAUGAUUCUUAUCAGAAUGGCUUUUAACACUUGGUACACAAGUUUUGUUCAGUCCAGAUAUCAACACAAGAUGUCAUGUUCAUGAGUUACUUGUGAUAAUUUCAUUUAAAAGCUGUUCACUGUACAUCAUUUCAUUCUAUUGGCAAGAAAGAUAACCUUUACAUAAUAAAGUGUUAUUUAAACAAG